GUGCAAAAGUGGACAUGUUGCAAGCACCGACUCGCUAAAUGGAAGAUCAUGGGCUGGUCUUUGAAAGUUCAGAGGCUGUGGAGGUGGUCAGCUCCUUCAAUCAAAUGGGCUUGAAGGAAGAUGUCCUCCGUGGAGUCUUCGCGUAUGGCUUCGAGAAGCCUUCGCCAGUGCAGCAAAGAGCCAUCAGACCAAUUCUACAAGGCCGAGAUGUCAUUGUCCAAUCUCAGAGUGGCACAGGCAAGACCUCGGUUUUUUGCUUGGGAGCUCUACAGGCUGUUGAUGUUUCACGGAUGGACCCCCAGGCUAUUUUGCUUUCACCCACAAGGGAGCUCGCCGUUCAAAGUGCCAAGGUUUGCUUGGCAUUGGGAGACUAUUUGAACUGCAAGAUACAUACAUGCUUGGGUGGAAAGAAUGUCAAGGAAGGCAUCAAAGCCAUCCAAGCAGGUGUUCACAUUAUUUCUGGUACUCCUGGUAGAGUGCUGAGCAUGAUACGGCAGCAACAUCUACCUGUGAAGCGCAUGAAGAUCCUUGUUCUCGAUGAAGCUGAUGAAAUGUUCAGCAAGGGAUUCAAAGAGCAGGGACUUCCUCGAAUUGGAUUUCCUGUUGGCGACAGUAAGGUCUAUGGCAUCAAACGUCUACUACCUUUGCUUCAGAUAGUCCUGGUCUCGGCCACUUUGCCACCUGAGGUGCUGGAGUUGACGACGGAGUUCAUGAGAAAACCCUUCCGCCUUCUUGUGAAGCGACAGGAACUCUCGCUGCAAGGCAUCCAGCAGUUCUACGUGGCAGUUCACAAGGAGCAAUGGAAGUUCGACACAUUGUGUGACAUUUUUGAUUCUGUAGCAAUCACACAAGCCGUCAUUUUCUGCAAUAACCGCAAGAAAGUGGACUGGCUGGCGAAAAAGAUGAGAGAAAACAAUUUUCCCAUUUCUGCCAUCCACGGCGACAUGCUGCAGAAGGAUCGAGAUGCUGUAAUUGAGGCUUUUCGAGAAGGUCGUUCGAGGCAGCUCAUUGCCACUGACCUGUUGGGCCGCGGCUUGGACGUCCAGCAGGUGACACUUGUGAUUAACUACGACGUCCCCACAAGCCGAGAGUUCUAUUUGCAUCGCAUUGGCCGAUCUGGCCGCUUUGGCAGAAAGGGUGUCGCUGUGAACUUUGUCAGGACCGAAGACGAGGCUUUGAUUGCAGACCUUGAAAAGUUCUACUCGAUCUCCAUCAAGGAACUGCCAGCCAACUUUGCGGCAAUCCUGCGAUGAGCAGCAAACCUGAAGAGCGUUUUAAGAGGCUGUUGCAAAGCGUUGCCAGCUGCUCUUCUGAUAAUGCACCUUUAGACUGAGGGGACGACAAAGUGUUUGGAACAUUCACUUAUGUCUCUUGUUCAAGCGCGUUCACCCUUGGCGCCCUCGGCCAA